CGCACGGGGCGCGGGGCGCACGUGGCCCGCUCUGGACGCCGGGUGGGAGUGAGGGGCUCCAGCUGGGACAAAGCACUCGGGGAACCUGGGCUGAGAGGGACGAGGCGCCGGCGUCCCGUGUUCCGGCGCGAGAGGCGCGGGAGCCAAGGCCUCACGGGGCCCCGUCCUUGGGUAGAGGACGCCGUGGUGAACACUGGGCCGGGCCCUCUGAUCCCGCCACUCUGAGGGACUCGUCGUGGGCUCGAGAGUGGCGGUGAGGCGUGGGACGCGUCCGCUCCGCUCGGCUCCGCACUGCUCUGACGGACCCGGGCGCGCGGCAGGCCCACCACAGGAAGAAAAAAUGUCUCAAAAGCAGAUGAAGGAAGCUUUUGUCAGUAACCACAAUGGAACCAGUGUGCUAGAAGUUACCCAAGGCCUGUGCUUACCUGCAUUCUGUAUCCUGUGCAGAGGGCUCCUGAUCAUUCUCUCACAGUACUUGUGUUCUUCACAUACUUGGAGAACUAGGCUAUUCAUUGACUUUGUUUUCUUAAUAGUUCCCCUGGUGGCAACUUUGACCAUUUUGUCUUCUUUUGUCCUCCUUGAGCACCUUGCUGUAAUUAUCCUUGGGGCAGGGCUAUUCUAUCAAAUAUACUGCAGAAGAACUUACUAUGCCAGAAUACCUGUCCAGAAAAUACUUGAAAAAUUCUUGAAAAUCAGUCUAGAAUCAGAAUAUGUUCCAGCCAUCUCUUGUUUCCGUGUAAUUAACAGUGCAUUUACUGCUGUUGCCAUUUUGGCUGUAGACUUCCCACUUUUUCCCAGAAGAUUUGCCAAAACUGAGCUCUAUGGGACAGGAGCAAUGGAUUUUGGAGUAGGAGGUUUUAUUUUUGGGACUGCAAUGGUUUGUCCAGAGGUUAGGAGAAAAUAUGCAGAAGAAGGGUCCAGAUUUUAUUAUCUUACAAAGUCAUUGUACUCUGUUUGGCCAUUAGUCUUCCUAGGAAUAGGACGAUUAGUCAUUAUAAAAUCCAUAGGCUAUCAGGAACAUUUAACGGAGUAUGGAGUUCACUGGAACUUUUUCUUUACCUUAAUGGUUGUGAAACUUAUAACAUCAUUGCUAUUGAUUAUUUUUCCUCUAAAUAAAUCCUGGAUUGUGGCCAUCAGCAUUAUUGUGUUAUACCAACUAGCCCUGGACUUUACCCCAUUGAAAAGGUUAAUUUUGUAUGGCACUGAUGGUAGUGGCACAAGGAUUGGUUUACUAAAUGCCAACCGAGAAGGAAUAAUUUCUACUUUGGGGUAUGUGGCAAUUCAUAUGGCUGGUGUGCAAACAGGGUCAUAUAUGUUUAAAAAAAGAUCACAUGUCAAAGACUGGAUAAAAGUAACAUACUGUAUUCUGCUGACAGCAAUUAGCCUCUUCAUAUCUCUUUACAUAGUUCAGGUAAAUGUAGAAGUUGUAUCUCGGAGAAUGGCCAAUUUAGCCUUUUGUAUUUGGAUAGUUGCUUCCAGCCUGAUCCUUCUUAGUAGUUUAUUAGUAGGUGAUAUAAUUUUGAGUUUUGCCAAAUUUCUAACUAAAGGGGCUAUCGUACCCUGUUCUUGGAAACCAGUCCAGCCAUCUGCUACCAGUAAAAAGCAUUCAGAAUCUCUAGUCUCCGAAGCUGAAAGAAAGGAAGCCAGUCUUUGUUUAAUCACAGCUAUGAACAGAAACCAGUUAGUGUUUUUCUUGCUAUCAAAUAUAACUACUGGUCUCAUCAACCUGAUGGUAGAUACGUUACACAGCAGUACUUUGUGGGCCUUAAUUGUGCUCAAUCUCUAUAUGUUUACCAACUGUUUAAUUAUAUUUGUGUUACACUUGCAAGAUAAGACUAUAAAAUUUUGGUGAUCAGUAUAGGUACAAAGUACUUGUGUUACACAACUAUUAUCUUAAUGAGGAGAAAUAUUAAAUGUGAAGAAAAUGGGCUUUUGGCAACCCAGUGUUAACCAUACUUUAUUAUAGAAUUGAGUUUCAAUCCUCUGUAAUAGUAGUGAUGCUUACUGUUCCAAUGUAUCUCAACAGUAUGUAAAACAAACCAAUAGAGAAUAGACAGAGCCUUGUGACUUGUUAGAAUAUUUAUUAAAUUCCACUAUUUAAAAGAAACUGGAGUCAUGACACUGAAAGAUUAGAUGGUAGAAAGGAGGAUUUUUACUUUCCAUCUUAUAUCAGAAACCAUUCUGUAUUUUUUUAUUGUAUGACUUUUAUAAUAAAAUUUACAUUAAAACAUC